AUGGGUGUCCAGAAGACCAUCCUCUCAGAGGGCAACGGCCCCUCCCCACAGAAGGGCGACAAGGUCACCAUGGAAUACACUGGCUGGCUCAAGACUAGCACCGGCGACAAGGGCAAGCAGUUCGACAGCACCACCGGCCGCGGUCCCUUCCAGACCCCCAUCGGUGUUGGUCGCGUCAUCAAAGGCUGGGAUGAGGGUGUCGUUCAGAUGAAGCUCGGCGAGAAGGCUAAGCUCGACAUCAGCAGCGACUUCGCUUAUGGCUCCCAGGAGUUCCCUGGCUUGAUCCCCCCUAACUCUGACCUCAUCUUCGAGGUCGAGCUCAAGAAGAUCAACUAA